GGAGUAAAUGACACAGUCCACACAGCAACGUUCCAAAGAAACUUUGCAAACAUUCUUAUCGUACUUGAAAAGUAUGACCAGGCCCUUGUGUUUUCGGGGAAAUCGUUCAAAAUACGAAACGCGCUCCUUGGUAAGCACCCAGAGACCGUGAGGAUUCUGUACCUGAUUGGGGUCAUUCAUGAACUUAAAGGUGACUAUGAAGCAGCCCUAGGAAGUUAUGAAGAGGCUUUUGUAAUGGAGGAGUCUUUACCUGAAGACAACCACAGUGUUGUAAGAAAAAGAAUUUGUGAUAAACUUAAAGGAAUGUGUGAGGACCUGGACGAGAAAGGCAAACUGGAAAAGUAUGGACCAAAAAUGGAGAAAAUUUGCAAGGAGAUGGACGCUGAUGCUGGAAAGAAGAAGGAUACUGAUGCUGAUCCUCAUCCUGGAGAGGAGACCGCAGACGUAAUAACACUAGACGACAAAGGAGGAUACUAUGAUUUCUCAAGCGACUUCUUUUUUCUUGAAGUUCCACGCAAUGCCGUGAACACACCAGUUAAAGUCAAAUACAAAGUUGACCCUUGUCGCUGUCAACCGCCCAUGGCAGGAAUAACUACGAGUUAUAGUUAUUUCCUGGAAUUGACUUCCAGUAAGACUGUGGAACUCAAUGAGCCUAUCACUGUGACUUUAAUGCAUUCUGGACCUGGAAAAGAAUAUGGUUAUAAAACUACUGUUAUAGCCUUCAAUCAAGAUGGAAAUGUAUGGGAAGAACUAAGAGGCGAGGAGGAGGGAUUUGAUAAAACUACGGGRAAAAUGACAGCGGUUGACGUCGUUCCURAAACAUUCGACUCGCUUUUAGGUAACAUCUCUAAGUUUGUUCMAGCCGAAGCAGCAUUUAUCAUCCAUCAACUGCAAAGACUUUAUCCAUCCAGAAAAGACUCUUUUGAUAACAAUGACUUAUAUAGUGCCUUCAAACAACUAUACAAGCUGGGAGCGAUCGAUAAAGAUGGAGAUCAGAAAAUGAUGGAAAUAUUGGUAAAGAAAACAGCAAAGAAGGACGAAAUUUUGAAGUYUAUAAAUGACUACAAACAGGAAUCUACUUUGCCACGCAAAGAUGAUUCUGUCGGUAGAGAAGCUGUCGYGAAAGAGAUUCGUGACUCUCUGACAAGUGAGGAUGCCGUUUCUGCAGUCAAUCUGUAUGGAGAAUCAGGAGUAGGAAAGACGACAUUGGCCAAAGUAGUUUCUGGUCUUAUGGAAGAUUUUGAUAUGCUAUGGAUUGAUCUGAGAGACAUCAUAAAUGUAGAAACUGUUUAUUUUUUUGUUCUUUAUGGUCUUGGCUUGACCUCAUGGGACCGUGAGGCGAAACGAAUCUACGAUCAUCUUGAAAAUAUAUCGGGAAAAACUCUUUUUGUUUUGGACAAUAUUGAACAGUUCUUUGAGAAUGAGGAAGGACAGAUACUCAUGGAAUUCUUAUCGAGAAUUAUCAACUCUUUAGCAAGCUAUGAGGGAAAACUGAAAAUUAUUCUUACGUCAAAGGACAGUGUAUUUGAACAAUCUCUAAAAGAGGAAUCAUCGACGACAGAUUAUAAAGUGAAGGAAUUUGAUGAAAAAAGUGCUAAAGAUUUGAUGACAAAAAGAAUCAAGAACGUUGUAGAUGUUGCAGAUGAGGCCCAUGACAAGGCAUUGUCUGAAAUAGCUGAUCUUUGCCGUAACUUACCAUAUCUUCUUCAAGGAGCAGAGCAGCUGAUGAGGGAAAGUUUCACUACUCCUAAAGAAGUGCUGCGAAAAAUAACUACACAGCUCGAAGAAGCACUUUUUGAUUUAAAACAGUCACUUGCCAUACACAGGAAGGUCUACGGUGAUCAUACUCUUACUKCAAGGACAUUAAAUCUUAUUGGAAAUUGCUACAUGGAAUGUGGUAAGCCAAAAGAGGCAUUGACGUUUUACCAGCGAGCUAUGGACAUGAAAAUCAAACUUGUUGGUGGUGAGAAACAUUUCGAUAUACCAACAUACUACAAUCAGCUAUCACAGGUCUACGAAACACUUGGCAAGGGCGAAAUAAAAACGUCAUCUGAGAUAUUUUGGAGUUUUCAAAACUUUGCCAACAGCAUUUGGGAUUCGAUUUCUCAAAAAAAAAGACAUGAUUUAGAAAAGGCCACUGAAUUCCUAGAGAAAGCAUUAAGCCUUCAAAAAAAACUUGGAGUAAAUGACACAGACGACACGGCUACGUUCCAAAGGAACCUUGCAAACAUYCUUAUCGGACUUCAAGACUAURACCGGGCCCUUSARUAUGGUCAGAAAUCCUUGAAAAUAAGAAACAAGAGCCUUGGUAAACACCCAGAGACUGUGAGGAUUUUGUACCUGAUUGGGAUCAUUCAUGAGUGGAGAAACGAUCAUAAAGCAGCUCUAGCAAGUUAUGAAGAAGCUUUUGUAAUGGAGGAGUCUUUACCUGAAGACAACCACAGUGUUGUGAGAAAACUACUGUGUGACAGACUUGAAGCAAUGUGUAAGAAACUGAACAAGAAAGACAAACUGGAAGAGUAUAGACCAAGAAUGGAAAAAUUUCAAAAGGAGACUGACGCUGACGCUGGAAAGAAGCCUGAUGCUGAUGCUGACGUUGCUGAUGCUGAUGCUGAAACGGGAGAGGGGACAGACGUAAUAACACUAGACGACAAAGGAGGAUACUAUGAUUUCUCAAGCGACUUCUUUUUUCUUGAAGUUCCACGCAAUGCCGUGAACACACCAAUUAAAGUCAAGUACAAAGUUGACCCUUGUCGCUGUCAACCGCCCAUGGCAGAAAUAGCUACAGAUGUUAGUUAUUUCUUGGAAAUGAGUUCCAGUAGGCCUGUGAAACUCAAUAAGCCUAUGUCUGUGACCUUAAUGCAUUCUGGACCUGGAAAAGAAUAUGGUUAUAAAACUACUGUACUGGCCUUCAGUCAAGGCAAAUACGUUUGGGAAGAACCAGAGUUAGUAGAGGAAGAAGCAAAAGGAUCACCAGCAUGCAAAACAGAUUUCAUUCGAGUGCAGAUCAGCAAGCUGUGUACCUUAGCAGUUGUAACCAGACUCAUCACAGAUCGAUUCCAAGUCACGCACAAAGGAUGUGUUGUCAGGUCUUCUGUGUGUGGUGAUGUCACGAUUGAGUUCCCCCAAGGAGCUGUAGCCAAGACCGUGGAAGGAACCAUGAAGUUAAUGUUGAUGCCUGAAAACAAAGAUGCAUGUUCUAUACUUUGUAUGGAUGGCUUUUCAAGUAUUGCCUUUUUAAAGUCUGUUAUCGUAAAGAUGCCCUUGCCAAACAACACAGCAGAAUACUCAACAAAAGACAUUCGGCUUCUUCGCUUGGACGAUAACAGAUGGGAAGAUAACGAAUGGGAAGAUGUAACAGAUCAAGCAAAAAUUGUAAAGCUUAGGACCCACAUGGAAUUUCGCGUAAGAAACUUCUCCUGUUGGUGGCCUUGGAUAUCGAAGGAAAAAAUACAAUCUGCUUCUAAGAUAUUUCGAACAUUAUGUUUUGGGCGUCACGUCUGUUUCGCUGCCUUCAAGGACACUGACGACGACGCACCUUUGUUACCAAAGUUAACGUUAGUGUGUGCUGAAAACCACAUGGAAGAUAAAAUCUUAUCUAAAAUGAAAGGUCAGGGCUAUUCCAAACUUGCAAUCACUACUAGUGAUCAGAAAAUGACACCAAAUGAUAAAGCCUACCCGAAGGUCAACGGUGCUGACAUGAGAAUUGAAAGGUUUUUUCUAAGUUUCUUGAGAGGUCAAGUCUGUAGAAAGGAGUUAACUGUACGUGAUACAAGACAAGAUCAAGAGAACCACGAAGAACUAGUCAUUCGUUUUUUCCCGAACCCUGAAGAAAACCUGGACCAUUUACUAUUGGGUAUUCUCCAAAUGAGCAAGGACAAGGUAUUUUCGAGAAGUGGCGGAGGGAAUCAAAGAACCCCACUGGCUAAAGAUAUUCCAUCGCCUCCGAUAUGGUCAACCAAAG